UAAGUGACUGAAUAACUGAAUAACUGACUGAAUGACUGACUGAUUGACUGACUGAAUGAAUGAAUGAGUAACUUAUCAAGCUAUUCGUUGCUUAGAGACCAGGCCUUUAAUCAAAUAUGAUAUAAGCUCAACUUCGAAAGGGUUUGGUUCAUUUGCUGUCAGACCAUGAAGCGAACCUGUCCUAUUUGUAAGGUUUCUAGAAGCAAUCUGUGGAGUCAUUUAACACUUACCCAUCACAUGGAGGGUGAUAUUCGAAAGAAAUGGCUUGACUAUGAAAAGAAGCAUCCUAACAUCAWGUCAAGAGAAAUUCCUAUGAAUUUAAACAAGGACAAGUGUGAAACAUUUCGUCUGAAACACCCUUUUACCUGUAUGYUCUCUGGAAUGACUGGAUGUGGAAAAACAACCUGGGUCCAACGUCUUGUGCGCAACAAAGCUCACACUAUCAAACCAAUACCACAGAGAAUCUUAUGGUGUUACUCAAGAUGGCAGCAGGCCUAUGAAGAAAUGAUGCAGACCAUACCCGAGAUUGAAUUUGUGCGGGGAAUCCCCACCAAUAUUGAGCAUGACGAUUAUUUUGACGUCAACGUGCGCAAUCUUAUCGUCAUUGAUGACCAAAUGAGCUCCGCCAGUAAUGACAAGCAGGUGAUCAACCUGUUUACACAGGGAUCCCAUCAUCGCAACUUGAGUGUAAUCUACUUGGUCCAAAAUCUUUUUCAUCAAGGCAAAGGAAACAGGGACAUCAGCUUAAAUUGUCAUUAUUUGGUAAUAUUCAAGAACCCAAGAGAUAAACUUCAGAUUCUUACACUGGCAAAGCAAAUGUACCCUAGAAAAACAAGUUAUUUUCUUCAGAAAUAUGAAGAGGCGGUAAGUCGCCCAUUUGGAUAUCUUUUCAUUGAUUUGAAAACCACUACUCCAGACCAAUGUAGGCUUCGAACCAAUGUUUUGCCUGGGGAAGAGAAACAUAAAGAGGUUUCCUUCGAGAAUAAUGAAGUAUCGAGAGAAUUGGUGAAAUACAUCAAGCAGCAACGUGAUGAUCUCCCUCCCAUCACCUCCAAGAUGCAAAGCCUACAGAAGCAAAUGGGUGAUCUGCUAAAGAAUUCCAACAUAGAUACUGACCAGAAAGUACGCCAAUAUGUACAACUUCAAAAUAACUUUUUACAGUUUAAGAAAAAGUUGGAAUCCAACUCUCCUUUCCCACAAGCUUCUCUGUCGACUGUUGAGCCACCAGCACAUUUUAUGCGUCAUGAACCUGAGCCGCUACAGAAUGAAGCUCCUUUGUUAGAAAAUGAAGCUCAUGUUUCAGCGGAAGUAUCAAGUGAAGAAGAAGAUGAUCAACCGUCGUCGCCAGUAAAUGAUUCUCCCUUCACAAGCGCAGUCUCACCAAGCCCGCAGUUUCAAUAUUCUGCGCUGCUAACGCCACCAUCCACUAUAUCUCCYSCRAGAAAAAAWCGRAAGAGYKCCCGAUAUCCAAUCAAGAAUUAUUUGGAUAGCGAUUCUCACAAAACGUUUGGCCCUUUUUCAAGCGCCCCUAGAUUAAGGCGAUCACAACGAAUAAGGCGCAGUCCUUACAAAUGGUCAAAGUUAGAAGUGUAA